AUGAUGGAGAUGAUGAAGAUGAUGAUGAUGAUGAUGAUGAUGAUGAUGAUGAUGAUGAAGAUGAUGAAGAUGAUGAUGGAGAUGAUGGAGAUGAUGGAGAUGAUGGAGAUGAUGGAGAUGAUGGUGGUGGUGGUGACGAUGAUAGAGACGAUGAUAGAGACGAUGAUAGAGACGAUGAUAGAGAUAGAUAUGGACAUGGGAAUAGAGAUACAUCUGAAAAGCACGACUAUGAUAGACCGCGGCGGCUAUACAGCCAUGAGGACAUGGGGAGGGGACAGGGGAAAGAUCCUCAUGCUGCGCUAUCACCUCGGCAGGCUCAACGCGUCCUUGCGCAUCCUCUUCCCCGAGGUAGAGCCCAAGAUCAGCGAGCAAGACGCCCUUGAGGUCAAGAGCAGCCCCUGUGCUGUCAGAGACUCCCACCCCCACCUCGCGUACCGCCAGGCCUCCAGCCCCUGCAUCCUGUUUGCUGGGGAGAAGGAUGCAGCCGGUCGGGUGGCAGCGAUGGAGAUCGCGGGGAUGGUGGCAGAGAGGACGGGCUCGACGAGGGUGAAAGAGCUCACGGAGGAGACGGCAGGCAUGCUGGGCUCCUCAGAGUCGGACUUCUUCGUGCUCGUAGUCGAGUGCGAGCACGAUGGUGAACUGGUCAUGGGAGGGAGGAGGUGUCUGCGGGCGAUCAAGCGGAUGGGGAGGAGGAGGACGGUGUCGAAGUUCUGCGUCCUGUGUCUCGCAUCCUCUACCUGCAGGUUUGUCCUCGAGGAGCCGUCGUGA